CAGAGGUGACAGUGGGCGGCCGAAGACCUAUAAGAGCCACGGAGUUCCUUCAGCGGCAGGGCCCCAGGGCUGAGCUGAGCUGCCGUGGCCAUGGGACCCGGUCUCCUGGUCCUCUCCUUCCUGUGCACCGUGGCCUUGACUGAUGAUACCUGUCCAGAGGUGAAGCUAGUAGGCGUGGAGGGCUCCGACAAGCUCACCAUUCUCCGAGGCUGCCCAGGGCUGCCCGGGGCCCCAGGGCCAAAGGGAGAGGCAGGUGCCAAUGGACAGAAAGGAGAGCGCGGCCCCCCUGGAGCACCUGGGAAGGCAGGACCACCUGGGCUCAAGGGAGACCCUCAGGAACCCAAUCUGUGUAACACAGGCCCACGCACCUGCAAGGACCUGCAGGACCGGGGGCACUUCCUGAGCGGCUGGCACACCAUCUACCUGCCCGACUGCCGGCCCUUGACGGUGCUGUGUGACAUGGACACAGACGGAGGGGGCUGGACUGUUUUCCAGCGGAGGGUGGACGGCUCCGUGGACUUCUAUCGGGACUGGGCCGCGUACAAGCAGGGCUUCGGCAGUCAGCUGGGGGAGUUCUGGCUGGGGAAUGACAACAUCCAUGCCCUGACCGCCCGGGGAACCAGCGAGCUCCGCGUAGACCUGGUGGACUUUGAGGACAACCACCAAUUUGCCAAGUACAGAUCAUUCCAGAUGGCGGGCGAGGCGGAGAAGUACAGGCUGGUCCUGGGGGCCUUUGUGGAGGGCAGUGCGGGUGAUUCUCUGACAUACCACAACAACCAUCCCUUCUCCACCAAAGACCAAGACAACGACCAAGCUGCUGAGAGCUGUGCUGUGCAGUAUAAGGGAGCCUGGUGGUACGUCACCUGUCACGUGUCAAACCUGAAUGGUCGCUACCUCAAGGGGGCCCAUGACAGCUUUGCCGAUGGCAUCAACUGGAAGUCCGGGAAAGGGUACAACUACAGCUACAGGGUGUCAGAGAUGAAGGUGCGGCCCGCCUAGCCUGGUGCUGGUGGCAGAGGGGCUCUGCAUGCACCCUGGCUGGAGGAGAGCAUUCCUCAGCCCUCACAAGGAGGGCAGCAUGGGGAUCGUGGCUCCAUCCUCAUGGGAGGUGGGAGCUCCUACCAGUCUCUCAUGGACACGGCCUGCAGAGCUUUGCACCCAGCACCGGCGUCCAGCCCCCUGCCUCCCGUCUGCAAGGUUAGGCGAAGCCCCAGUGUGUCUCCCUCACCACAGCUGUCAGUGCUCACUUGCCUCGCAGGGGGUUGUGGGAUGCCACAACCAUUUGCAGUGCCCGACCACUGGCCAUGCCCCUGCGCUGCUCACCCGUCCUUGCCUCCCUGUGACCUGGCCCUACUGCUGGGUCAGGUGCCCUAGGGCUGAGGGUGUUUCCCACUAGCUAAGACAAAGCAGGGCCACUGAGCCUGUUUGUGAAUAAAGUUUUAUUGGCACAGCCAUGCCCAUGGCUUC